AAUAAAGACCAACAGCAACAACGUGUGUUAGUCAGAGCUUCCUCUUUUUGACUUUAUCGGUGCUGUGUUAUGACUUCCUGCGUCAGGAAGCAGAAGUGAGCGAGGUUGAUGGGACGGCUCUGAGCAGUUUCACUUCUCUCUCCACCAAGUGUUACAAACUGUGAGAUGAACGUGGGGGAAUGAGAGGGUUUUUACUCCACUGAGACCCUGUCAUGACAGCUGAAUGAUGAGCGAGCAGAACAAAUCCCAAAGGUGAAACAUGGCGCUGCUCAGUUGUCCUGCUCCAGUGGUGAUUAAGGACUCUCAGCUGGAGGGCUGGGAUGUGAUCGGCUCCGGAGGAUUCGGACAGAUCUACAAAGCCAGGCACCAGGAGUGGUGCUGCGACGUGGCCAUCAAGCUGCUUCAUUAUGACAAUGGGACCAGCAAGGCGUUGCUGCGCGAACUGGAGAUGAUGCGUCAAGGAUCCAGCCCUUAUGUCCUUCACGUGCACGGGAUUUUUCAGGGGCGACCGCCUUCUUCAGGAUCCUCCGCUCAGCUGGGGUUGGUCAUGGAGUUCAUGGAGAGAGGAUCUCUGCUCAACCUCCAGCAAACAUUACAAGGACCCCCGCCCUGGCCGCUGGCUUUCAGACUGACCCACCAGAUCGCUCUGGGUAUUAACUUCCUCCACAGUCUCUCCCCUGCCGUGCUGCACUUGGACCUGAAACCCAGCAAUGUGCUGCUGGACCUGGAUUUGAACGCCAAGCUCACAGAUUUCGGUCUCGCCAGGUUCUCCAACAGCGUCUCACGAGCUUCUAAGAAGAACAACACAGACGAAGGGGGGACUUUCAGCUACAUGCCUCCAGAGGCGUUUGAAAUUUCAUACGAUCCCACACGGGCCUCUGAUAUCUACAGCUACGGCAUACUGCUGUGGUCCAUCGUCACAGGGAAACAACCCUACGCAAAUGCCAGGUCCCCCAUCGUGCGACUCCGCAUCCCGCAGGGAGACCGCCCGUCUCUGGACGAGAUCAGGAAUCAGGCUCCGGGAGUGGCAGGACUGACGACACUCAUCGACCUCAUGCAGAAAUGUUGGCACCCAAAGCCCGGUCAGAGGCCUCCCUCCCGCAUGUGCGCAACUGUGACAGAAGAACUGCACAAGAUGCACAAACACACAGUUUAUGACGCCGUCCACCAGGUCCUGAAGAAGCUGGACCAGCAGGAAGAACAAAUCACAGAGGAGAUAACCAGGCUCUCCAUUACUGAGACUUCAGCGGAGGCCCCGAGAUUUCAAGCUGCAAACCAUUGUGACAGUGUGCCGACAGGACCGCCACCGGUUCAGGAAAGGGCUGGUGAUGGGGCAGGAAAUCAGAGAGACAACGCAACAGUCAAUGAUGCAUCCCCUGGAUGGGCAACAAACCUGUGCGAUGUUGACCUGGCCGGCCCAGCAACGAACCAGAAAGUGAAGUUGUCCUCUGUAGAACCCAUUCAGGCGUCCCACCAAGCUCCUUUAUCGUGGGGGCCAACGCACGUCAAAACAGCAAAUCGCUCUCAGCUGGAUUUAAAGCAACAGCUUUUAAAACAAUACCAGCGUCAGUUUUCCAGCCCUGAGACCUUCCCCUGCCAGCCCUCGUCUCUACCUCGGACCGUCCACAUUCAGUGCUCCAAUGUGACUGGGAUCCAGGUUGGGAACAACAACACCUUGUACGUCCUCCCUGCUGGCUCCUCCGAGAGGAAGAGGCACCCGACGGCGCCGUCCACCGUCAGCUCCCCGCAGCGCUGAGUCGGCCCAUUUCAUUCCCACUGUCCAGAACUAUUUUAAGGUUCCCUUUUGAAAUAAAACAGGUUUUGUUUGUGGUUUUUAUUUUGUUUUUUUAAUGUUAAUUAUUUAUUGCACGAAUGGAAUUAAAUCAGCCUUUCUUUGUAGCUUUUAGUCAGCUUUUGUCUGGAGUAUGUUUUACCACCGAGCAAAAAAAACCCCGGCCAGCUUUUUGCACAGUCAGCCUCUUAAAUACAGCCAAGACUGCUGAUUUUUCUUUUCUUUUCUUUUUUUCUUUUACACCAACUGUGGUCAGAAAAUAUCUACAGUCAGAGUGCCAACAUGCCUUAAAAUGCCAGGACUCGGUCUCACUACCGGCUGACGAUGAUGACAAGAGGUCUGCUUUGAAGCUUUUCAGAAAUGCGUUUUUAAGAAAUGUGAAGAAGAAAAAAAUCUCUUUUUAACAAGUCGUUAAUCCUGCAGGAAGGAAUAAUUUUGUGUGGUAAUCUUCUACUCAUGCAACGGAAUGUUUAAAAGAUAUUGUUCAUAGAAAUAUUUAAAUGUGCUACAGUUGGGUCUGCAUUGCAUUGUAUUGCUUUAUUUUUUUUUUACAGGUGUCCUUGGGAACUGCAGGACACGGUUCCUAUAACAAAUGUUUGUGAAACAGUAAUAAAAACUGCCGUGAAUUUUUUGAAUAAUAUGCAUUACAUGGCAUGUUGGAUUUAUGUAUUUUACUUAUGAGAAGAGUGCUGCAGCUUCAAUGAAGUGUUGCAGCAAGGGUGCGUCACUUUUUUUUUAUGGUAAUGUUCGUCAAAAAGCAUGUUCUCUCCUAAAGUUUUGGGAUUUUCUUUUCUAAGUUGCGGAAGAAAAUGGAUUUGGUGUGAGUUUGUUGUUGUGUGGAGGACCUGUGAUACGUUCCGUGUCAUGUAGAAAGUCAAGCUUUUUUUUUUUUUUUCAGAAAAACCCACAGAGGUGGGUCACCAACUACUGUCACACAAUCCAAUAUGGC